AUGCAGCCAGCAAAUACAGAAAUUCGCCACAAGAUCCUCCCUCAUCAUGUGUUUCAACUCCAGUGUAUGCUCGACACAUUCACCGUUUCACGCUCCUGGUCUAUGAGCGCUCUCAGAGGCCAUGUUCUCAUGCCGCCGGCGCAAGGCUUCGCGACUUCAACGGGAUGUCGACCUAUUUCUAGACCGAGACAUGACGAGAUUUGUCGAGCUGAGCUUCGAAGAAAAACGUUCGCACGAACUGCCUUCCGCUCGGCUAUAGAUAUUCACAACCUAUUGGGUGUCAAGGGAAAUCGCUUUUCCAGGGAACCAACGAUCCUAAAUCCCUAUCAACAUGCACAAUGGGAUCCCUAUACCUUCCAUCUUGGGGAUGAUUCGGAUUAG